CUCACCGUGUUAUUUGUUUGGGGAAAAGGUGUUAUUUUUUCCGAAAAAAAUAUGUUAACAUACUUUUUGAUUUUAUAUGGGUUAUUUUUAUAUUUGUUUUACAUGCUUAUUUCUUAAUACAUUUUAUGUAAUACAUCAUACAGUGUACUAAUACAUUAUUAUUAAUAGAUUCAUUUCUAAUGUGAGAACUAUCAAUAGGUAGAAACCACAUAAACAAGUUCUCUCCUGGAGUUCUCCAUAAUUUUUAAGACUAUAAAGUAGCCCUGAGCCCACUGAGAGCCACUGUGUGGGUUGGUGGGUAAUUUCUCUAAGUCCUGCGAUUUUUCAUGGCUUCCUCUCUUAGUACCAUUAGGUGGGUGUCUCUCUUGUCUUCACUGGGAGAUUACCAACCCCAAGGGGGCAACAAUGUAGCCUAUUUAUCCUCAGACAUCUUUCCUCACCACUGUAUUGGUUGCCCUGCAAUAACCACGAUAACAAUAACAGCAGCGGUGGAUAGCGUAUUGGGGUCCGGCUGGGCGGUCUCAUCAGCCCCAUUAACAGAAGAGGAGCCUAACGGUCAGAGAGGUUAAAUGCCUCGCCGCGAUACGAUUAGUGCCAUCCAGAGAAGGGUUUUUCUUCCUGCCAGAAAGCGCCGUUUGCUCCAGGCACAAACCGAUUUUACCCCCGGAAGAUGCGCCCCUUGACAACUCCAGGUGUCAUAAAGCGCCACUUGGGUCAGGCGUCCCGGAGAAAGGCAGGUCGCGUCCUCGGUCAUUACCUAAGAGAUCCGACAGCAGCGACGUCUCCAGACGGGAGCCAGGUCUCGGCGGGGAGGAAGGAGGGGCCGUUUGAUCGGGUUUCCCGGCGGCAGACCGGGCUGCCAGCUCCCCCGAUUUCCCCCUCCGCGGUUUCCACGCCUGUUUGCCGCUUCUUUCCCAUCCCGCGCCCUGCCUGGGGCCCCGGAGGGCCCCUCGGGUAAUUAGGAUAAGCACCCAGCGUCAUUUGAAUAUUUAAAACGGGACAAUUAAACCGCGGCUGAAACCCUAGUCGGAGGCCGGUCUAGGGUUACCUCCGGGGGCGGACGCCUCCCUCCCGGCACACUUGAACCUGACGGAGGCUCUCAGCGCGACCAUUUCGGCUGUUGUCAGAGCGAACGUGGGCUUGGGCGGCCAGGGAGAAGGAAAGGGCCUCGGGCGGCCGGGGAGAAGGAAAGGGCCUCGGGCGGCCGGGGAGAAGGAAAGGGCCUCGGGCGGCCGGGGAGAAGGAAAGGGCCUCGGGCGGCCGGGGAGAAGGAAAGGGCCUCGGGCGGCCGGGGAGAAGGAAAGGGCCUCGGGCGGCCGGGGAGAAGGAAAGGGCCUCGGGCGGCCGGGGAGAAGGAAAGGGCCUCGGGCAUGGCCGGUCCCGCGAGGCCGCCACCGGCCCCGAGGGGCCGCCGAAGCCCGGGCCGGGCCUCGGGAUGAGCGCUCGGAGCCGGCAGCAUGCCGGGAUGCUUCCCCAAGACGUGGCUGGCCGCGGCCGCGCUGCUGAGCCUCGCGUCCUUCCUGAUGCUGGCGACCGCGCUGGCCGUGCCCCGGUGGCUGACGGGGAGGAUCCUGUGCCAGACCGGAGCUGAGCUGGUCAACGCCACGGCCCCCGAGCUGGCCAAGUUCAUAGGGGACAUCUCGUACGGGCUCUUCCGCGGCUGCAAGGUGCGCCAGUGCGGCCUGGGGGGCCGCCGCUCCCGCUUCACCAUCUUUCCUCACAUGGUGAAGCAGUUGAACACCGGCCUUCAUGUCAUGAUUUUAAUCUUCCUUUUUAUGGCCAUGGCCUUGGCCCUGGUCAGUAUGGGAUUUGCAAUCCUCAAUAUAAUAAAAGUCCCGUAUCGUGCCGUAAACGGUCCUGCUGGGAUAUGUCUGUGGAAUAUGCUUGCAGGUGGUGUCGUGGCUUUGGCCAUCGGAAGCUUCGUGGCGGCCGUGAAGUUCCACGACCUCACGGACAGAAUUGCCAAUUUUCAGGAAAAGAUCUUUCGGUUCGUUGUCGUGGAGGAACGGUACGAAGAGUCUUUCUGGAUCUGUGUGGCAAGUGCUACAGCUCACGCGGCCAAUUUGCUGGUGGUGGCCAUAAGUCAGAUUCCCCUUCCUGAGAUAAAGACCAAAGUAGAAGAAGCGACCGUGACGGCCGAGGAUAUCUUGUAUUAAUGGCCUCCCCUACCUGAGAAAGGCUCGUGGGAGAUGAAGUGAAGCAUCAUCUUUCGAGUUCUCAUGUUGCUGACUUGGAUGAAGACCUUUCUUCCUUCACGCUCUGGCCACAAAUUAAUUGGCAGUGAGUUUAUAGAUUCUAUAAAAGUCAAUGGAAACUGUCGGUAAUUAUAGCCAGGGAUUGUAAAUUAUAUACGGCACGGACCUCAUUGCCUGAAAAAGGAAUUAAUGGUGUAAUCGAAGAUGUACAAUAGUAGCAUUUUCUCUAGAGACUUUAUCCCAGGAAAUAGAUGGACUCGGAAAAGUCAAGAUGACCCUCUGACUGAUUUAUGCUGUAUUCUUUUAAGGGAAGCAGAUGGGAAGAUGGUGGUGGAGAGGCUCGUGUUCCAUUGGUUAACACAUGUCUAUUGAAUGAAGUAGAUUCAUUCUUGUUGUGGGACGGGCCUGUAAAUUAAAUGACUCACCAGAGGAGUUCUGAGGAGAGCCGUUGGCAGAGCGAAGCGUGCUCUCAGGAUCUGCUGGGGAGGCGCAGGUGGCUGGGGGAAGGCUUCCGGGAAUCGUGCCCCGGGAUUCGCACCCAGAUGUGAAGACUCAUUUUCCACUUUUGUCUUCACGCCAAGCGGGAUUCAACAGCGCCCUCCUCUCGGCCCCAAGCACGCACAUCAGCUCCAUCGUUUUUCUAAAAGGCCGGCCCUGGCUUCCACAAGGAGGAAGUUCACUGCCCAGAAGGAAGUCGAAAACUCUUUUGUAUCUGGGACCAACCUCAGCAGCCCAAAGGCCCAGAGUCCCACAGCUAGCAUGCAUCCAAAGCAGGAUUUCAACUCAGAACUUCUUGACCCCAAGAAGUCUAACUGCAACACUGCUGCUCUACCCCUAGAAGCUCCAUAUCAUUUGAAAAAUGAUGGUUUUAUACUUCCAUAUAGUCUUACAGGAUUUCUUGUGCUCUGUUGGGUUGGCUUAAUGUCAGAGGAAAAAGCUCUGGAUUCAGAGUCAAGAGUCGCAAGUUCAAAAUCUGACUGCCACUAAUUGGCUGGGUGGCUGCUCAAAUAAUUGCUCUAAGCCUCAGUUUUUGUAUCUGUAAAAUGGGAAUAAGAUCAUUUGUUCCCUGCCCACUGACCUCCUGCCUAACUUCAGUGCUCAGAAGUUGGAUUGAUUUCAGUGCCCCGUCUCCCUGGCUCAGAGCUGACACCGAUGAUGUGUAAGUUAUGUGUGUGAUUUGUCCAGCUCUUACAGACUCAUGUGAUCAAUUUUAAGCUUCCUGUUAACGUGAAGAACAUUACCACGGAUCAUUCAAAACAAUACCAAACUCUCAAAGCAUUUCUUUUUUUUCUAAACCCUGUUCUGCUUAGAGCAACGUAAAAAUUAAUUUGCAUUCCCAAGGUACAGAGUAUCCUCAGGUUUAUUCAGUGCUUAGGGAGACUUCCUCCUCACAGCAUCCCUGGCAGAUAGUCUAUCCGUGCAGCAUUACUGUACCCAUUAUGCAGAUGAGGACACUGAAGCCAGAGUGGCACCUGUUUAUCUGGUUAUUCUCUACCUAGCCACUUGUGUCUUGAGCACCGGGAGGGUCCUGGGGGAGCGUUUAGAGCUGGCUAGAGCACUGGAAGCUGACACCGGACUUGGUUCCUUAUUACCUGUGUUACCUUGGACAGCGCUUUUGCUUGUCAGCAGGAAUGUAGCAGUAGUAUCUUUAAGGUUCCUUCCAAUUCUAAAUUUGGAACAAACAAACAAAAAAAAGACCAUCCCUAAUAUUGGCUUGGGGGGGAGGGAGGGGGGAUUAUUGAGAGAUUAAGACAUUCCAAUAUGUUUUCCAAAUAUUCCUUGAUGAUUCACCAUCUUAAAUGGAGCCAAAGGAGGUAAGAAAGACUCAGACCCACCUUGUUUCAGAGACCUGGAACACUUUGGCUUUCAUAAGCACCAAUCGUUGGUAAUAAUGGUCAAAUUAAUGUUUUUAAUAUUUUAUUGUCUUAAUGAAAUAAUUUACAUAAAAAAACACUAAUCAUAUUCCUAUUUUCUGAUUAAUGUGAAGUUACGACAAUGUUAAUAUUUAUUUUAAGAUUGCUAAUACGCAUAUAAAUCGUGAUUGCCAAUAUUAAAUGCACUGAAUUGUACCAAAGCUAAUGAGAUAUAGCAUAUUAAUUUUUUAAAAAUAUAAUAUUAGUGAAACUAACUCAUUAUCUAGAUUAUUAGUGAAAAUAAGGAAUUACUUUAAUUCACGAAAAUGUGUGUAGUAAAAGGAAGAUUAAUUAUAUUUCUUCAAUUCUCAGAAAAACCAGUUUGUGGAAAUGAGCUUCUCCAAUUUGUUGUAACUUUUUAGAACUUUUAAAUAGGAGAGUUUUAAGAAAUUAAAAUUGUUUAUUUGCUUGA